ACACGACCUACUCGCGCCCCUCCCCGCUCACCCACGCGUCUGCUCCCGGCUCCCCCCACCCCUGCAGGGGACUGGCGGUCAGCGCUCCCAGUCGGGAGGUGCGGCCCAGGGAGGGGCCAGGAGCGGGAACGUGCCCGGUGCUGCCCAGUCUUUGUCUGCUGCCUCCGGAUGCACAGCGAUGGGGGAAUGGACCAUCUUGGAGAGGCUGCUGGAAGCCGCGGUGCAGCAGCACUCCACUAUGAUCGGGAGGAUCUUGUUGACUGUGGUGGUGAUCUUCCGGAUCCUCAUUGUGGCCAUUGUGGGGGAGACGGUGUACGAUGAUGAGCAGACCAUGUUUGUGUGCAACACCCUGCAGCCCGGCUGUAACCAGGCCUGCUAUGACCGCGCCUUCCCUAUCUCCCACAUUCGUUACUGGGUCUUCCAGAUCAUAAUGGUUUGUACCCCCAGUCUCUGCUUCAUCACCUACUCUGUGCACCAGUCCGCUAAGCAGCGAGAACGCCGCUACUCUACUGUCUUCCUGGCCCUGGACAGGGAACCCCCUGAGUCCAUGGGGGGUCCUGGAGGAACUGGGAGUGGAGCCAGUGGUGGUGGCAAACGAGAAGAUAAGAAGUUGCAAAAUGCCAUUGUCAAUGGGGUGCUGCAGAACACAGAGAACACCAGCAAGGAGACGGAGCCAGAUUGUUUAGAGGUUAAGGAGCUGACCCCGCACCCAUCAGGGCUGCGCACCGCAGCACGAUCCAAGCUCCGAAGGCAGGAAGGCAUCUCCCGCUUCUACAUUAUCCAAGUGGUGUUCAGAAAUGCCCUGGAGAUUGGGUUUCUGGUGGGCCAAUACUUUCUCUAUGGCUUCAGUGUCCCAGGGUUGUAUGAGUGUGACCGCUACCCCUGCAUUAAGGAAGUGGAAUGUUAUGUGUCCCGACCUACCGAGAAGACUGUCUUUCUAGUGUUCAUGUUUGCUGUGAGUGGCAUCUGUGUUGUGCUCAACCUGGCUGAACUCAACCACCUGGGAUGGCGCAAGAUCAAGCUGGCUGUGCGAGGGGCCCAGGCCAAGAGGAAGUCAGUCUAUGAGAUCCGCAACAAGGACCUGCCCCGGGUCAGUGUUCCCAAUUUUGGCAGGACUCAGUCCAGCGACUCUGCCUAUGUGUAAAGGGGCAGUUUUGGGGAAGGCCUGGGGAAGGAAAAGGAGCCCCGAGG